AUGGCAAUGGAGCCUGGCUGUUGAAGGAAGCUGCUGCUGAGUUUCUGUUGUACGGCUGUUGAAACGCCAUAGAUGUGGCAUGAAAUGCAGCAGAGCCAUGGUGGAUGUAGGGAAGUGGCCAAUAUUUACACUGCUUUCGCCUCAGGAAAUAGCCACGAUCCGAAAAGCAUGUGUGUUUGGAACCUCUGCCAAUGAAGCGAUAUACAUAACCCACAAUGACGAGGUAUUUGUCUUUGGACUAAACUGUAGUAAUUGUCUGGGGACUGGAGAUAACCAAAGCACCAUUGUCCCAAAGAAACUUGAAGUUCUGUGUGGAAAGAAGAUUCGGAGUCUCAGUUAUGGGAGCGGACCCCAUGUGAUACUUAGUACAGAAGAUGGAGAAGUUUAUGCUUGGGGGCACAAUGGAUACAGCCAGCUCGGGAAUGGCACCACCAACCAGGGCGUUGCGCCCAUUCAAGUCUGUACCAACUUGCUAAUUAAGAGAAUAAUCGAAGUCGCUUGCGGUUCUCAUCACUCUAUGGUCCUGUCGUCUGAUGGUGAAAAGGUGUACGCCUGGGGCUACAACAACUGCGGCCAAGUGGGAUCGGGCUCCACCGCCAACCAGCCGACUCCCCGCAAAGUCUCCAACUGCCUGCAGACCAAAGUGGUGGUCAGCAUUGCUUGCGGCCAGACCUCCUCCAUGGCGGUCGUAGACAACGGCGAGGUCUACGGCUGGGGUUAUAACGGGAACGGCCAGCUAGGACUGGGCAACAACGGCAAUCAGUUGACCCCCUGCCGGGUGGCAGCGCUUCAAGGGUUGUGCGUAAUGCAGAUUGCCUGUGGCUACGCGCACACGCUGGCGCUCACGGACGAGGGUUUGCUUUACACCUGGGGGGCGAACACUUACGGCCAACUGGGGAACGGCAACAAGAGCAACCACCUGAGCCCCGUGCAGAUCAUGGUGGAGAAGGAGAGGGUCGUCGAGAUCGCGGCCUGCCACUCGGCUCACACGUCCGCCGCCAAGACGCAGAGCGGCCAGGUGUACAUGUGGGGCCAGUGCCGGGGACAGUCGGUGGUUCUCCCGCACACCACCCAUUUCUCAUGCACCGACGACGUCUUUGCCUGCUUUUCCACUCCUGCUGUGAUGUGGCGCCUUCUCUCAUUAGAGCAUGAGGACUACUUAACAGUGGCGGAGUCUCUGAAGAGAGAGUUCGACAGUCCAGAAACCUCGGACCUGAAGUUCAGAGUCGAUGGGAAAUUCAUCUACGUGCACAAAGCCGUUCUGAAAAUCCGGUGCGAGCACUUCCGUACCAUGUUCCAGUCUUACUGGAAUGAAGACAUGAAGGAGGUCAUAGAAAUAGACCAGUUUUCCUACCCAGUGUACCGUGCCUUUCUUGAGUACCUGUAUACAGACAGUGUCGAUCUGUCACCUGAAGACGCUAUAGGGCUUCUGGACCUGGCUACUUCCUAUUGCGAGAACAGGCUGAAGAAACUGUGUCAGCAUCUUAUCAAAAGAGGGAUCACAGUAGAGAACGCCUUUUCGCUGCUGUCUGCAGCCGUCCGCUACGACGCAGAGGUAAACUAAAAAAACCUUCUCGCUCCAUUAUCAGACUCGGAGCACUAGAACCGGCAUUUCUGCUCGAGGAAGCUUUUCUGAGCACAAAACACACUCAGGGCUUUCCCAGUCUGUGAAACGGGAUCCCGAACAA